AUGGCCAUCAUUGAAAUCGAGAUCGUCUCAGACGUGAUCUGCCCAUGGUGCUACAUCGCCUCCCGCAACCUCCAAAAAGCAAUCACUCUCUACAAGAAGACCUACCCCGACGGCUCGAAUGACUCGUUCAGCAUCACCUGGACACCCUACUUCAUCGACCAGGUGCCUCCCGCCGAGAGUAUCCUGGUCCAGGGUAUGUCCGCCUCAGCUACCCGCACACCACACCACACCAUACCGUCAUGGAAAAGGGACAAGCUAAGUGUGAUAGAGAUAGACCGCAUGCUCCGCCGCAUGACGCCCGAGCAAGUCUCCGCGGCGCAGACCCGUCUCAAGCGCGUGGGCGCGGCGAGCGGCAUACAGUUCAAGUUUGGCGGGUACGUGGGUAGUUCGAGGCUCGCGCACCGGCUGCUGCAUCUCGUCAAGGAGAAGAAAGGGGGCGAGGUGCAGGACCGGCUUGCGGAGAUGCUGUUUCAUUAUCAGUUUGAGCGCGAGGCGGAUGUUAGUGAGGAAGAUGUUGUUGUUGAGGCUGGUGGGCGGGUUGGGCUUGGGGAGGAGGAGGUGAGGGGUUGGUUGGCGACGGAUGAGGGGGUAGAGGAGAUCGAGGAACAGGGAAGACAGGCGAGAGACGCUGGGGUGCAGGGUGUGCCUCAUAUUAUCGUUGGAGGGCAGCAUCACUUCGAUGGAGCGUUGGAUGUGUCCGAGUUCUUCGAGGCUGUUGUUCUGGCCAGGCAGAGUGGUCUGUCACGAUACUGGGAUACUGGUUCCUUUUUGGAAGUUGGGUUAGAGCUCCACUAA